CGUGCCUCCACAAACACUGCACUUCCUCUUAACAAUAAUAGUUUUUUUGUUUAUUCCCCCUUUUGUUUUUCAUUGGCACGAUCCUAACACCAUUUGGUAGACGCGUAGUCAGUGUCAAAACUUAGAAUAAAUCGUUAAUGAUGGCUCCGUUAGUCAACUCCGCUUCACAUUAAUCUCACACCUCCGAUCUCUCAUCUUUCUCUCUUCUCCGGCGACUUUCGAAUCCGAAUGAGUUUGUGAGUGGAGGAGGAGGAGGGGUCCACCAAAAUAUCUGCGCCACACUACUCUUUUGUAUUUUUAAUUUUUUUUAGUUUUGAUCCAUAGAAAUAUAAAAACAACAACAAUGGGGAAAGCAUCGUCUUUGCUUCUGUUUCUGUUAGGUUUCGGUUUCUUUGUUGUCACGUAUAAUCUUAUGUCCCUUAUAGUCCACAAUAGAUCUGGUGUGAGUAGUCCACUGUUGGAUCCUGUUGUUCAGAUGCCUAACAGAAAGGUCAAGACUUCUACACCAGCACCUUUUCAUGUUGCCUUGACGGCUACGGAUGCUCCUUAUAACAAGUGGCAGUGUAGGAUCAUGUAUUAUUGGUAUAAGCAGAAGAAAGCUCUUCCUGGUUCUGAUAUGGGAGGGUUUACUCGUAUUUUGCAUUCGGGUAAUCGUGAUAAUUUGAUGGAUGAGAUUCCGACUUUUGUUGUUGAUCCUCUUCCUCCAGGUCUUGAUAGGGGGUAUGUUGUGUUGAAUAGACCGUGGGCGUUUGUGCAAUGGCUUGAAAGAGCUACUAUCAAGGAAGACUAUGUGCUGAUGGCAGAGCCUGAUCAUGUAUUUGUUAACCCUCUUCCCAAUUUGGCUGUUGGAGGAUACCCAGCUGCUUUUCCGUUUUUCUAUAUUACACCUGAAAAGUUUGAGAACAUUGUCAGAAAGUAUUAUCCUGUGGAGAUGGGCCCGGUUUCAAAUAUUGACCCCAUUGGGAAUUCUCCUGUUAUCAUAAGCAAGGAAUCACUUGAGAAGAUUGCUCCUACAUGGAUGAAUGUCUCGCUAACAAUGAAAAACGAUCCAGAUACUGAUAAGGCAUUUGGAUGGGUUCUGGAAAUGUACGGUUACGCAAUUGCCUCUGCUCUGCAUGGGGUGCGGCACAUACUUCAUAAGGAUUUCAUGCUCCAGCCACCAUGGGAUCUGUCUACCAAGGGAAAGUAUAUCAUCCAUUACACUUAUGGAUGCGACUACAACAUGAAGGGUGAGCUGACAUAUGGCAAAAUAGGAGAGUGGCGAUUCGAUAAGAGAUCACAUCUGCGAGGUCCUCCUCCAAGAAACAUUUCCAUGCCGCCUCCCGGUGUUCCAGAAAGUGUGGUGACUCUAGUGAAGAUGGUGAAUGAAGCUACAGCAAAUAUCCCUAACUGGGACACUCUCUAACUCACAUCCAGAAGACACAAACCAUAGAAAGGACAACGAAUCAAUACAACAUAUUUUGCUAAAUGAAGAGUUUCCCUAUUUCUUUUUCUUUCCUUUUACGUAUUUUCUUAAUUGAUGAUGAACUCAAGAGUAAAUUAUGGAAUCUUGUUUGUGAGAGAAUGUUCAAGAAAUGGUUAGGUAAUAGUUAGAUGGUGAAGAUUGAAUAGUAUGACAACCAGACGGUCAAGACUAAACGACUGUCAACUGCAACUAGACGGAGUUGCAAGUUCUGUUAGUCAAUCCUUUUUCUACAAGACGUUUUUUUCCCUUCAGUAAAUU